AAAUAAUAUAAAUUUAAUAAAUAACGCAUGGGACACGCGUUCGAUAAACUUUAACCUUUGACGUUUGUCAGAUCAGAGGGCUGUGAUUGGUCAGCUCACCGAAGGGAACGAUGGUUGCGUCAUCACCAUCGCUACGAUUCCCUACCCAAUGAACAGUUGUAGCUAGCUAAUGCUACCAUACUAUUCUUUACUGGACACACACCAAUGUCACCAUGAAUAUGCAGUAAAACUGAAACAUCUCUGCUGCACGGGAGCCCUUGGAUUGAUGCGGGGCACUACAGGUGGGAAGCAUGCAGCAGAAGCGGAACAUUCAGAUCAUAGAAUGGGAGGACUUGGACAAACGCAAGUUCUACUCAUUUGGGUUAUUCAUGACCAUGGCCAUCCGUGCCACAGUCUACCCGGCCACACUCAUCCGCACCAGACUGCAGGUUCAGAAAGGGAAAUCUCUCUACACUGGGACCUACGAUGCCUUCUGUAAGAUUCUCAGAUCUGAAGGUUUGAGAGGACUCUACAGGGGCUUCAUGGUGAACACGUUCACGCUUAUAUCAGGCCAGGCGUACAUAACCACUUACGAAGUGGUAAGGAACUACGUCUCAAACUAUUCAAAAGACAAUACGCUAAAGUCAUUACUUGCGGGAGGGUCAGCGUCACUGGUGGCCCAGAGCAUUACUGUUCCCAUAGAUGUGAUAUCACAGCAACUCAUGAUGCAGGGCCAAGGGGAACAUCUCACCCGCUUUAAAGUUAAACCCAAAUCAUCAGGAGCAAAACCCUCAAUGUCUUUUGGCCAGACGAGAGACAUUAUCGCACAGAUAUUUGCUGCGGAUGGCGUCCGUGGGUUCUACCGCGGUUAUGUGGCGUCCCUCUUGACCUACAUCCCUAAUAGUGCGGUGUGGUGGCCAUUUUACCACUUUUAUGCAGAACAGUUGUCUAAAAUGGCUCCCAGCGACUGCCCUCAUCUACUACUACAGGCUAUGGCCGGACCUCUAGCAGCUGCUACUGCUUCUACUGUCACCAACCCUAUGGACGUCGUGAGGGCCAGGGUUCAGGUGGAAGGCCGGACGUCAGUCAUUGAGACCUUUAACCAGUUGAUAAGAGAGGAAGGAUUCUGGGGGAUGACCAAGGGCCUCUCUGCUCGCAUCAUCUCCUCCACACCAACAGCAAUAGUCAUGGUGGUUGGUUAUGAAACUCUUAAAAAACUUAGUCUACGACCAGAGCUGGUUGACUCCCGGCACUGGUAAAGAAAACAACUUCCAUUUGACCCUUUCACUCCAUAUUAUUUUAGCCUUUAAAUGUUCUACCUUUUUAUGAUUCAGUGUGACAUGGCAAAUGGAUUUUUUUUGAUGGUCAUCAUUUUUUUUUUUAUAAUAAUUUCAAGCUGUUUGUUACUUUAUUCAGUGGUAAAACACUGCUCAGGUUUUCAAGUAAAAGUUUAACAGCAUAAUGAGAUUUCUGACGCUUUAUAAUGAUGUGAUUGAAAAGAUUGAAUGUUUUAGAGUAUUUUGUGACUAAUUUAUUUAGAAUUAUUGUUUAAGCAGUAUUUUAAAUGUCUUAAUUGUGUCACUGUGUUGUUUUUGGAAACGGAUACAGAACGUUAUUUUAAAAUAGAUUUCAUAAAAUAACAUACAGUUGUCCCCACAAUGUUCUUUUGUCAUGAGUCGUAGUUGUAAAGUAAAUCAAAAGCCACAAGGUGUUCUGUACAAGACAUUCUCAUGUGCAUCCUAUUGUUCCCUGUAUGUGCUUCUCAUUCUGCUGUGGGAUGUUGAUAUGUUGAAAGUUGCCAAAGCUGAGCAGAUAUUCAAAAAGAUUGGUGCAUUUGUUGUUUAAUGAUUCACUCUUAAUAUACCAAGUUGUAUAAA